CCUUGACAAGGGUGUUAAUUUUAACCGCUAGCUAACGUCUGAACUGGAGGCGAUCUCCGCUUCCACACCAAGCAGCAGCUAAGGAGUUUUAAGAAGAGGAAACAAGUUUAUUGCUCGCCUGUAGAUGACAGCUUUUUGCCGCAAGCAGAGAUUACUUGCAAAUUGUAUUCUACAAGCCAACCCGUGACUUUCUGCAGACAUUUAAAGUGCUACCGAAGGGACUUUUGUGUUCUGAGCUUUAAGCAAACCAGAGAUGAAACUACAGAUUUUCCAGGGUGCCGGUAGUUGCUUUGAGCAAAAGCCUGUAGAAGUAUGUAGCGAUGGAGAAGGUAGCUCACCGUCGCCCCUCUUUGCUGGCGAAGAGGAGCUUGGUUCAGACGGGGACUGUGUGGUUAACAGCCCCGCACCUGUUGCUGGUGAAGAGGAGGAGGAGGAGGGCGUGGAAGGGACUGGUGAAAUUGGGAAGAGCAAGACUUACACUCGGCGCCCUAAGCCCCCUUAUUCCUACAUUGCCCUUAUUGCUAUGGCCAUCCGGGACUCGGCGGGUGGCCGCCUUACCCUUGCAGAGAUCAAUGAUUACUUAAUGAAGAAAUUCCCAUUCUUUCGUGGCAGUUACACGGGUUGGCGCAAUUCUGUCCGGCACAAUCUGUCCCUCAAUGACUGUUUUGUGAAGGUACUGAGGGAUCCGUCACGGCCAUGGGGCAAGGACAAUUACUGGAUGCUGAACCCGAACAGUGAGUAUACUUUUGCUGAUGGGGUCUUUCGUCGUCGCAGGAAACGUCUCACGAAUAGUGGUCCUACUGCUGGCUCCAGGAAACAAGUCAAAGAAACUGAAGGUGUUUCUGCAACCACAGCAAACCCUCCUGUGAAGACUGGGGACCUUAACGCCAUGAGCAUCAAGGAGGAGUGCACGACCACCAAAUUUACCAGUCCAUUUGCUAUCGAAAGUAUCUUGAGCCGACCCUUCCGCAAACAGACGGAGAGGUUACAGCCCCCUUGGCCUCUGAACGGGACAGAACCGUUGCUUUAUCACAUACCUUACCGUCUACAUCAGCUGCCAACCCCUGUGAUGGGACCCCUUGUUGCCACAGGGGUACCAGCAAGCCAUGAAGAUGGGAGUGGACUGAUCCCUACGUACAGAUAUGCUAACCUGUCCACAGAGACUGUACCUGCAUUUGUAGUACAGGGACCCACCUGCGGUCAGCCUCUGGCAACUCGGCAUGACCAGCUAUCUAGUAAAGAAGUCCUCGGUACUGGGUUAUCUGGCACCUUCCACUACCCAGCUGCUUUGCAUCCCAGCUAUCAUCCUUACAGAAUUGAAACCCUCAUUGCUUAAAACCGAUUAGGGAAGGAUAAGCCUCCGACUAGGGAAGGAUAAGCCUUCCUAUAGCCCUGUCCGCCAAAGACCUUGUAUGUUGCACUUUGGGUUUCUUUAACUAACCCCAUCGAUACUACUGUGCCUUUUAAAAAGCAUGGACUUUGUUACUGGACUUCCAAUGUGUCCUGAAAUGCUGUGUACUGUUGUGAGCUUGACUAAGAACCAGUUGCACUGGUCUCUGUUUAUAUAUUUUUUUAUAUAUUGGAACAAAGUUUUUCAGGGAGUCACUACUGUAUAUAAAUUGUAAGUUAUGAGUCAUUUUGCAUUUUCAUGAUGCGUGUAUUAGGUCAUUUCCUGCUGUAAACGACGGCAUUGAUGUGCCAAACAGUAGUAGUUUUUUUAGUUUAUUUAUACAAUGUUUUACUUGACGGAACAUUUGUGUGAAUGGAUGGGCUUGUGGUUUCUUAACCUUGCAGUAUACAGUAGGUUGACAACGCUCGAAUCGAGCUAUUUGAUUAAACGGGUUUUAGCAAAUGUAUUUUGAAAACUUGACCACUGCCACCGUAAAAUGAUUUUUUAUUUACACUGUAUAAACUCAGGCACUGGGUCCUAUUUUUCGAAUAAAAUUCGUUUUGAAAACUUA